GCGCACACACAACAUAUAUUUUAUUUUAUUUCAUUCCCCUUGGCGCUCCCCCACUUUUUUGAGUAAGCCCGAACCAUCAAGUUUGAAUUGGCAUUCUCCGGUGUCGGUGUCGAUACGUCGUCCGUCGUGCCAGGAUUCACUUCGCAACCACGAUGCUCGUGCGAUUUUUCUGCCUCAACCUUCUGAUGGCGUUGGCCGCCGCCCAGGACGCCUCCACGAAUAACAAACAACCUUUGGUCGUGCUCCUGCUUGACGGUUUCCGCUUUGACUAUCUGGAGAAAAUCGCACACCGGCUUGGCGGCUUCAAUGAGAUCCUAACCAACGGAGUUCGUGCAGAGUGGGUCACCGGCAUUUUUCCCACGCUCUCUUAUCCCAGCUGGACCACCCUGAGCACAGGAGUUUAUCCUGAAACGCACGGAAUUUUGGGCAACUAUUUCUACAGCAGGCAGCACGACCGGCAAUUUCUGCUCGAGUCGCCGAACAACGACACCUUCUGGUGGGACAAGGCCGAGCCCAUCUGGACGACAGCCACCAAGAAGGGCCUGCGAGUGGCCACGGUGCUCUGGUCCCGCAGCGACGUGCCGGUCAAAGGCGUCCUUCCUGAGAAGAGCAAGGGCUACGUCGUCGCCAAGGGCAUCAAGGCGGUCGAGAAAACGCUCAACACCGUCGUCACUUAUCUCCAAGAUGGAUUUGAUCUUGUUAUGGCUUACGGCGAGUUCAUCGACAACGUGGGCCACUCGUACAGUCCUGACUCAAUCGAAAUGGAGAACGGCGUGUACGAAGUCGGGCAGAAGCUGGAAAAUUUCUUCAGCGAGCUCGAGAGGAGAGGCUUGAAGGACAAAACGAACGUUUUAAUUGUGGCCGACCACGGGAUGACCAAGCACAGGAAAUUCCUUUACAUCUACGACAGCGUGCCGAAAGACGAUAUCUUGUACGUGAUGGACCAAGGCGCGGUCGCCCUCGUCUACUUGAAGGAGGGAAAAUCGCCCCAGCAGACUUACCAGGCACUAAAGAGCGCCUCCAAUUCCAUCGACGUUUAUCUUAAGGAGGAAAUUCCCAAGUAUUUCAACUACUCCAGCAGCCCAGACUGCCCGGAUAUUUUGGUUGUGGCCAAAUUCGGUUUCACGAUUAAGGGUUCUUCUGACAAUGAUUACCAAAAACCUGAGGCGUGGAAGGACACAACGAUGCGCGGACUGCACGGCUACUACCCGAACAAUACCGACAUGCGGACAAUUUUCAUGGGAGUUGGCCCAGGAAUAAAGGGCAAAGGGGUUUUGGUGCCUCCGAUCGACAUGGUGGACAUCUACCAGGUCUACUGCAACCUUUUAAAUAUCGACCCGCAGCCGCACAACGGAACUUGGUCAAGGGUGGAAAAUUUUUUGGUCAGCAAUCCGGCCCCAAAAUCUGAUGCAACAAUUGUCAGCUCUGUGCCAAUCAUUUUGUUUAUUUCCCUGUUUGCAAUGAUUUAUUAUUGAUUUAAAUAAAAGUCGAGCCAUUUUUAAAUGCA